AUGGUCAAUUCUCUAACUAAUCCACCAAUUGUGAUGGACAAUAACUUGAAUGCUCUUCUGAGCCCUUUUCACGUUUGGAGCAAUCAGAUGGGUAACACUCCAAUUGUCCCAUUACCUCCGACUAUGUUCAACACAGAUGUCAAUGCUAAUAUUGCCAAGUCUCUUGCCUUCUUCUAUCAGAUGUGCUCUCUACAACAGACGCCUUUCGCAACUCCAUUUCCUCCUCUCUUGUUUCCUACUAUGCCACCAAUUCAGUUUAUGCAGAACGUCAUCCAGAAUUCAACCAUGGCGAACAAUAAUCCACUGCUUCAACCAAAUAAAUUUCCUCUCUUUAUAGUUCCUCCAAUUCCAACAACUUCAGUCAUGCAGAUUCAGAAUCCAGCAGGGACGAAGAAUGCGAGAAAACGCAAAAGUUCCUCUUCGAAAUCUGAAAAACCAAAACAUGUUGGAAACAAAAAUGAAGACGAGGACAUUUGUCUUAUCUGUGAUGAGUAUCUUCCUGCCGAAAUGUCUGCAAAAAGCCAUCUGAAGAACUUUCACGACUACAAAAGACCAAUAAGAUGCGGAUGUUGUCAUUGGGUCUUCUGUAAUCAAGAGACAGCGUUCCGUCACCGAAAAAUGUUAACGAAUCGAUAUGGAGCCAUUGAGAAUCCACUAAUCCUCAAUAAAUAUUCUCCCGGAUUUCAUUUGACAAACAUCGACACUGUGAACCGAAAAUAUGAAAUGUAUCUGAUCCGUUUAGGGAAGGCUGCGAGAGAAAGAAUUUCGAAAACAACGGUGUCUUUCACGGCACCUCCUGAUAGCGACAGCAACAAAUAG